AUGCUAAUAAAUAAGAUAACGGAGCUAGAUAAUAAUUAUAAUUCAAUGAUUGACCUGAUAAAUGAUAUAAAACAAAAACAACAAGUAAGUGUAUCUUUAUUUGCCAGCAUCGAUGAUCCAACUGAAUUGAUCAAAGAAUUAAUAGCAGAUCAAUCCAUCGAAUUUAAUAAAGUAAUUUGUUGCGUUUUGGAUCAUGUUGUACAAAUACAAAAUGAAAGUAAGAUCCAAUAUUUAGCUGAAUUUAUUGGUCAUACAUGUUUUAAAAAAAAAUGUUUGGCAAAUAUUGAUCAUCAAGUCAAUUCUCUUGAUAGUGGUGAAGAAAAUUCUUUAAAAAGAAUUUUUAUUAAAAAAAUUUUACAGGAAACAGGUCAUCUAAUUACAAAGAACAAACCUGCUGCUUGGAAUCCAAUUAUACUUGAUUAUGUGCGCUUAUGUGCAACAGUUAUGUUAUGGUGA